GGAAGAAGCUGCGAGUUCUAGUACUUUCUUUAACUCAGCAAAAUGGCGCUCUUAAAAAGUUUGUUAUCUAUAGGCUACUGUUGUCAUGGCUUUUGCCGGCAGAGUUUGAUUCAGUUCAGAUUGAAGAACACUUCCUCACCAAUCCAGAUCGCAAGAUUGGAUCACCUUGUUCUGACUGUGAAGAGCAUUGAAGAUACUGUGGCAUUCUACUCCCAAACAUUAGGCAUGGAAAUUACCACUUUCAAGGGUAACCGCAAAGCACUUUCUUUUGGGAAUCAGAAAAUCAACCUGCAUGAAGUUGGGAAAGAAUUUGAGCCAAAGGCGCACAAACCGACAGCAGGAUCCAUGGAUCUCUGUUUGAUCACAAAGACACCAGUCAGUAAAGUGAUUGAACAUCUUAAGACAUGUGGAGUUCACAUUGAAGAAGGUCCCAUCGAACAAACUGGUGCUGUGGGCCUUAUCACUUCAGUUUACUUCAGAGAUCCAGACAAUAAUUUGAUUGAAGUUUCCAAUUACCUCUCUGACAAACAAUGAAUAUAACAACAAAUCUAUAUGAGAAUGGAAAGUGUAAAGUUGUCUAAAAAGAUUGAUCUGUUAUUGUACAUUUAACGUAAUGGGAACUAUAUUGUUUAAGGCACUACUAUAUAUAUUAUAGUGAGAUAACAAAGGCAUUGAAGCUCAGUGUAUCACCACACAAUGCACAUUUUGUGUCUUCAGUGGGAAAAAGUAGAUAAUUUUGUAAGGUAGAUAAUCAAUACUUGUUGAGCAUACAGGUAUUUCUGCUGUAAUGCAAAUUGGCUUCAACGCAAUUGAUGAAUGGUGGAUGCUGUUUGGAUAAUGCAAACAUUCUGCUGUACAAGUAUAGGGACUUUCUAUAGUGAUUUCACUAUAAUACAAUUUUCUGUCGUGAUUUUCUAUAGCACAAUUUUCUAUAGUGUGAUGUCACGCAAGAACGCAACUAUCGCAUUAUAGGAAAAAUACCUGUAGUUAUAUUUUUUAAAUAAGAAGCAAAAAAGUGAUAAUUGACUA